AUGCAACCCUCACAACAGUCUGUUCCCAUCUUAACGGGCCUCAUCACCGACCUCUUGACCUCCUUCAACACUCUCACAUCCCAGCUCUAUCAGAACGUCAUGUUUGCGCGACUUCGCGACGUAUUGCUGCUCGGCCCAGUGGCCCAUCAGGUCAUAGCCCAGACCAACUGCUCUUCCUUGUCUACGAGCGCUGUGGCCUUGACGUGGCAUGCUCCAAAUGCUACUAAUAUCAACAAUUUAACCUUUGUCGUCAAUGGUACGGGGAUCAAUGGAUUCAUCUUCAAUUCUUCCAUAACCCCAGCUUCGACUGCCUAUAGCACGUACAACUGGUGUAAUAUGCCGCAUACCCGACGUCAAGAGUACCCCCGCGUCGACCCGGAAUACACAUUGGAAUAUGUCGAGCUUAUUCAUCGUCACCACAAGCGCACCCCUUAUGCGUCCAAUACCUUCCCCCGUGAAUCCUAUGCAUGGAAUUGCGACGACGAGGCGUUGUUCUUUUAUGGCGCCCCGGAACCGGAUAGCUCUUCUGCUCAGGUCCACUGGCAAGUCUACACCUCUCCGUCAAAUCCUUUGGCACCCGAGGGGUUCAAUGGAACUUGUCAAUUUCCGCAAAUCUCGGGCGCCGGACUCAACGACUCUCGUCAACAUGGUCGCGAUCUUUUCGGGGUGUAUCAUGACCUGCUCGGCUUUCUACCUUCAUCCUAUAACUCGUCCCGGGUCAAGUACCGAGUCACGAACAACGUCAUCACCUCGCAAGUUGCGGGUCAGGUCAUCGAGGGCGAGUAUUCGGGGCGCCAGAAUGUCCCCGUUUCUGUACUCAUUCAACCCGAUAGUAUCGACAGCCUGGAACCAGCCUACACAUGCUCUGCGGCCAGUACCCUCUAUUCCUCUUACGGCGUGGGAAGUGACGCCGCUAACUGGACGCUGCACCUGAACGACUCCGGGUCACUAUUUGCAAAGCUUGAUUCGGUGAGUGGCGUCAACAGCAGCGAUCCCGCCUGGCACAACUGGUUCGACCACUACUUUGACAACCUCUCGGCUCGCUUGUGCCACCAAAAGCCCCUGCCGUGCCAGAUUGGCAACUCGUCGAAUUGCAUUACCGAGGCGGACGCCGAUGCAGUCUUCCGGAGAGGCCAAUACGAGUACUCGUUUAUUUACCGAGAUAGUCCGUCGUCGCUGCCCGCAUCCACCGCGAGCUACGGCAUCUAUGUGGCCGAGCUUGCACAGAACAUCCGCGACGCGAUCAACGGCACAUCUUCCGUCAUCUACAUGCACAACGUUGCUCACGAUGGGUCUGUGUCGCGCCUGCUCAGCAUUCUACAGGUCGAUGUCAUGGUCUGGCCAGGCAUGGGCUCCGAGGUCGUGUUUGAACUGUACUCCAAGCAAGGGUGUUACUACCUACGCGUGCUAUGGGGUGGACAGGUGCUCCGGAGCUCGAAUCCGAGUCUCGGCCUUAUGGAUUUGAUACCGGUUCAAAACUUCCUGUCAUACAUAGAUGGGUUAGUCGGAUCUGGUGCGCGUCUGGUGCCCGAUCUGUGCGCGGGCUCAUAA